AUUUUGAGGAAAAAAAAGAAAAAAAGUUGCCUUCCUUCUAACGACAGUUGCUCUCCACUUGAUCUAAUCAGUGGACACUUCAAUUUAGAGGUGAUUUCUUGUUGAGGCGAUUAAACCGCCGGAAAAUGGCCGGAAGACACCACUCCUCUGCCUCCGCCGCCCCAAAAUCUCAGCGAUCUCCGCUCCUUCUAUUCACUCUCUCUCUCAUCUUCCUCUGUAUUCUCUUCUACAUUUUCGCCUCUUCUUCGUCUCCCUCUUCCACCACUCUCCGCCCUAGCACAAUCCACGCGGCCUCAAACUCCGUAGUCGACUAUUCUUUCGUUUCUUCACUCGACAAUUUCCUGAUCAACUCCAAAUCCAAAUCUUCCUCUACGGUUCCAGACGAUACAGUUCGAGGCGAUGUUACAGAACAUGAUGUGAAGAUGCUCGACGAUUUGAUUUCACAAGUAGAGGAGAAACGGAUUUUUGGAGACGAAAAUUCGUUUUACUCACCAGUUAGGGUUUAUGUGUACGAUAUGCCGUCGAAAUUCACCUACGAUUUACUCUGGCUGUUUCAGAGUACAUAUAGAGACACUACUAAUCUCACUUCUAAUGGCAGUCCUGUUCAUCGAUUAAUCGAGCAACAUUCUAUUGAUUACUGGUUAUGGGCGGAUUUGAUUGCGCCAGAGUCGCAGAGGUUACUGAAGAAUGUGGUUAGAGUUAACAAACAGGAGGAGGCAGACUUGUUCUACAUUCCAUUUUUCACUACAAUAAGCUUUUUCUUAAUGGAGAAACAGCAAUGCAAGGCGCUUUAUAGGGAAGCCCUGAAGUGGGUUAUGGACCAACCAGCUUGGAAGCGGUCUGAGGGUAGAGAUCAUAUCUUACCAGUUCAUCAUCCUUGGUCUUUUAAAUCUGUUCGGAAGUUUAUGAAGAACGCAAUCUGGCUCCUUCCAGACAUGGACUCAACUGGGAAUUGGUAUAAACCUGGACAAGUUUACCUUGAGAAAGACGUGAUACUCCCAUAUGUUGCCAAUGUUGAUUUGUGUGACUCCAAAUGUUCAAUAGAUUCAAAGAGAACCACACUGCUAUUUUUCCGUGGAAGGCUGAAAAGGAAUGCUGGUGGGAAAAUUCGUGCUAAACUUGUGACGGAGCUUAACGGCGCCAAGGAUGUGAUCAUAGAGGAGGGUACUGCCGGAAAGGAAGGAAAAGCUGCAGCUCAGAUUGGCAUGCGCAAGUCUAUAUUUUGCCUUAAUCCAGCUGGUGAUACUCCUUCAUCUGCUAGGUUGUUUGACGCAAUUGUCAGUGGGUGCAUUCCUGUAAUUGUUAGUGAUGAACUGGAGCUUCCUUUUGAAGGAAUACUUGAUUAUCGCAAGAUAGCUGUAUUCGUUUCUUCUAGUGAUGCCGUGCAGCCAGGGUGGCUCGUAUCAUUUUUAAGAAGCAUUUCUCCCACUCAAAUUAGAGAGAAGCAAAUGAAUUUAGUUAAGUACUCAAGGCACUUUUUAUAUUCCCAUCCAGCACUGCCAAUGGGUCCAGAAGACUUAGUUUGGAGAAUGAUAGCAGGUAAAUUGGUGAACAUAAAGCUUCAUUUAAGGAGAUCGCAGCGUGUGGUGAAAGAAUCUAGAAGCGUGUGCACUUGCGACUGCAGGCGUCCCAAUAGUACUAACCCAAUACCCUAGUCUUAUUAAUUGUUUUUUUUCAUCCUUUCAUUUAUUUUUUGGUCAGUUUAUGUAAUUGUUUGUUCUUGUUAUUACAAAUUGAGAACUGUGUUGGACAAUAAUUAAAAGUAAAGAGAAUAUACUGGACCUAAAAUGAAGAUGCUUCCUCCA